GCACUGGCUCCAGUGAACGCGUGGAACCGUUCCUGUUUGUCAAGUUUGCAUACGACGAUUGGCAACAGAUUGGGGUUUAUCAGUUCUCGUUAAAUUCGUCGACAAUUUUUCGCAUUGGUUGUACGUGCCGGCUAACAGAUACAAGGUUCAACAAGAAGGCAUCAUGGCAACCACUCGUCUCGGUCAAACUUUGUUCGCUAGAUCUUUGAAGAUUGGCAGAAAACCGCAACAGUUCGCUUCGAAUGUUAAAUACUAUUGUUGUCAGGUUCCAAAGUAUGAAUUUAUCAAGGUGGAAACAACAGGAGAAAAGAACAAUGUAGGCUUGAUCACCUUGAACAGACCGAAAGCGCUAAACGCUCUGUGCGAUGGUUUGAUGUCUGAGGUGAACGAUGCUGUGGCCAGAUUUGAUAAGAAUGAUGGUGUUGGUGCCAUUGUUCUCACUGGCAGUGAGAAAGCAUUUGCAGCCGGAGCUGACAUCAAGGAGAUGCAGAACAACGUGUAUUCCCAAACUAUUAGAGGAAACUUCCUGACCACUUGGGAUGGAGUUUCUAAAGCUUCGAAGCCUGUGAUUGCUGCAGUCAAUGGCUACGCUUUAGGUGGAGGCUGCGAGCUGGCCAUGAUGUGCGACAUAAUUUAUGCAGGUGAGAAGGCCAAGUUUGGACAACCAGAAAUUGCUAUUGGAACAAUCCCUGGGGCUGGAGGCACUCAGAGGUUGACCAGAGUCGUUGGGAAGAGCAAGGCAAUGGAAAUGGUGCUCACAGGAAAUCAAAUCACAGCUGAGGAAGCCGAGAAAAGCGGUCUAGUCAGUAAAAUCUUCCCAGCAGACAAGCUGGUAGCAGAGGCAGUCAAGUUGGGCGAGAAGAUUGCUUCUCAUUCACAGUUGAUUGUUGCCAUGGCUAAGGAAUCUGUGAAUACUGCUUAUGAGACGACACUGAAGGAAGGUCUUCACUUUGAAAAGAGAAUGUUCCAUGGUACUUUUGCCACGGCUGACAGGAAAGAGGGAAUGACCGCGUUCGUUGAAAAGAGACCGCCAAAGUUCACGAACCAGUGAACGAUAUUAUUGUUAACUCCGUUUGGAGUAUAUAAUUAAAUAAGGGAUCAUAUUUUUCUACCAUUUUUUA